AUGCCUCACCACGACAAGGAAGAGAACACCACUGGCAACAUCACCGACCAGGUUGCAAAGGAGUCCUCUGACUCGAACGCAUCCUCCCACGCCAUGCACCAGACCGAGACCGGUGCCACCAGUGGCGGCAAGGCUACUGCUCAAGACCACAGCGCCAACCCCGGCCCCGUCAUGGCUGAGGGUCUCGGCGAGCCUGCCAGCAAGGACGACCUCAAGAAGAGAGCUGCCGAGCUCAACAAGUAA